UCAGCCGGCAGUUCGCGUUCGACUACCGUGCGCGUUGCAUCUUGUAAUACGCGUGUUCCUUUUCGAGUGUUCUGAUCAACACUGCUCUCGAAUAGUUGCGCUACCGGCGUGUUCUAUCAUUGACAAUUAAAGAAACUGUGCGGUGUACUUAUACAACGCUGUUCAACUGUCUGUCGACUAUAAACGUAAAUAGAGGAAGUGACGUUUAACAAGUCGUCUCGUAUCUGCAGUAUGCAUAGUCAUCGCGUAUUUUCUCCGUUCUAAGAGGCAUUUAGGACAGUGUGUCAAGGCCGAAGAUUCCUCGGUGGAACAUUGUCUGACACGAGUGUUGCUUUAUCGCACGAUGUAACGGAACGAGACGGCGGAGGAGGAGGAGGAGGCCAUCGUGUGUGCAUCUCGGUCGAAUGUUAUUGAUCGUGGCCGUCGAUCGAUGCCCUCUCGCGAUCGCUCCGGUUUCCUGCUGCGUCGUCGGGAUCUAGAACACGGUGUCAAGGUCGUGAGUCUGGCGAACGAAUCGGUGGACGUGUUCGCGGACGAGACUCGUACGUGAUGCGAUGCGGACGGCGUUUUUUCGCGCGAUUGUCAAACGUGUCCGAUGAUUAUUGAGAGAAGCAAGAAGGUUACGGCUGCGUCCCGCGCGAUGGAACGCGUCACUCGCGUGACAUAUCGUAGCAUCCACGAAGGACGAUACGUUUCUGCACAUUUUCUCGCGUCUUCGCUGGCGGCGUAACUUAAUCGCGUGCGUAAUACAUGCAGCGGCACUGACGUAACAAUUAGGCGGUUCUUUUAUUCCCGACGCCGAUUUUCGCCGAAUGUUUGCUCCGAGUCCGACGCAGAUAAAGAGACUUUUUUAUCUGUCCGCGAAGAAACGAGACGAGCGAUCGGACGGGCAAGAUUAACCGGCGACCUGGCUAAUUUUAAUUCGGCCAACAAACAAGCCGCGAAGUUGUCGCGCGAUAACGGACAGACACGCCACGGCCGCGACGUCGAUUUUGUCGCAGUUGUCUGUUCUCCAAUAUGGCGAACGACGCCGAGGACGAGUCCAGUGUUUCGAACGUUUGUUUGUCGGACUGAACGACGAUCGCCGGUGUGCGUGCACUCGUGAAAGUGAUCGAGAAAACGUUUGUCGGGGGUGUUAAAUGGAUAAUACGGUCGAGGAUGAUCGGUGACGAUGAUCUAUGGGAUAAGGAUCUCCAUUGUAAACACACGAGGGAACUUAGAGGCCAACUUGCGAACUAAUUUGUGCGCCGUUGAAACGUACCGUUGAUAUAUCGUAUCAAAUCGUUCUAAAAGUGGCAGCAACAAUGUGGAGGGAACAGGAGGUAUACCUGCACCCCCAGCAUCCGCAACAGGAAAGUCUUCAUCCUGGGAUCAUCGCCACUGUGGACAGGACGCAUCAUCGAGCCACAACCAUGGAUUUGCCUGGUCCAAGUAAUCCGAGGGCAUCGCGGAACAUGGCGGAGAAACAACGCCGCGACAAUCUUAACACAAACAUCUCAGCGAUGGCUACACUCAUACCUACUGUUGCUGAGAGUCCGAGGAAGAUGGACAAAAUAUCCAUCCUGAGACUAGCUGCCGCUUAUCUCAGGAUACAGUACACUCUCGGACGUGGCACAGUCGACUUUCUACCUCAAGAAUUGGGCGAGCUGGACCUGGAACAAUACAUCGUCGAUAACUUGAUUGGAACCGGAGGCUUUUUUCUCGUGCUCACUACCACUGGAAAAGUAGUUUACAUCAGUCCGCAAGUCCAGGAACACCUUGGCCACUCUCAGGCGGAUCUACUCGGCAACUCGCUCUACUCGUUCGUGGAUCCGAAGGAUCACGAGGAACUAAACAGGAACCUCACCCCGGACGAGAUGCAAGGAGUGAGUUCGUCGACGCCGCAGAUGGACGGCAUGAAUGAUAAUUCCAAUUCCUCGGAGGACUCGUCAUCCUCCAGAAACGAGAGGAGGCCGUUCCGCGAGCAAAGGAGGAGCUUCGAGCUCAGAAUACGGCAUCGCACCGCUUCCAGGCGCGAACACACGCAAUACGAAUGCCUCGAAGUCUCCGGGAUGCUCAGGCUUGCGGAUGCUUGCAGAAAUCCUGAAUCGAACGCUAAUCGAAUGAGACAUCAAGAAGUCAAUUCGACCAGCAACGACAUCGUUUUCGUGGGUGUAGCAAGGGUUAUGAUGAAACGACCCAUCACCGAAAUAUCCAUAAUGGAUGCGAAUAAAGAUGAGUACGUCACCAGACAUUUGGUGGACGGCAGGAUUAUUUAUUGUGAUCACAGGGUAUCAGUGGUUGCCGGCUACUUGUCCGAGGAGGUGUCAGGUUUGAGCGCCUUCAGUUUCAUGCAUAAGGACGAUUUCAGGUGGACGAUGAUCGUUCUACGUCAGAUGUACGAUCGCGUGGAGACCUGUGGAUCAUCUUGUUAUAGGCUACUGUCGAAAACCGGCGAGUUUAUUUAUUUGCGUACGCACGGCUACUUAGAGUUCGACAAGGACACGCAAACGGUCGAAUCUUUUGUGUGCAUAAACACAUUGGUGUCAGAAGAGGAGGGUAUUAAACUGGUCAAACAAAUGAAGAAGAGAUUCUCAGCCACGGUGUCCGAAUCCACUCGAGCGAUCCAGAGCAAGGACGAUGCGUCGUUCGACAUGAACACGGACUCGCAGCAGUCGAACCCGAAAAGCAGCGUGGAAGACCCGUCGCAGCUGGAGGACGCAAUCACGCACUUGGUCAGCGAUUUGUCGUCGUCGGUGCCGGAUGAUCAUCUGUCGGAUACUCCGGUGCCUAACGAACAGUACGUGAAAGCUGCCAUGGUGUCGCAGCAUCUGCCACCGGCCGCUGCUCAGGCCAGCAAGCUGGGUAUCAAGAAGAUCGACCAUUAUCUGGUGGUGCAAGGCAAGGGAAGUCGAACUCCGAAGCAGGGAUCCAAAACGAGCAAGCACGAGAAGCAAGACAGUCCGAGAUCUAUAGGGAAGACGAUAACGAUCCACGAUGUCACCAACAAAGCUAAUGAAACAGUGAAAGAUGUAAAAAUUCCUUUACCAAUGAGCGAUGCGAUCGUCAGGAAAAAUACCACCGUAGAACCGAGCAUAAAUUCCCCACGCGACCCUGGAACGUCUCACCUGAACGUCCCUCGGGAUCUGAAUAUCUUGAGCUCUGGAGCUGUAGUCAAGGAUCCCUGCGAGAUCAAGGUCGAGCACACCAUGGACGUGUUCAAACACCAGGAACCCGUCAUUGAAUAUCCUGAUAACGGUAUUGUAGAUAACAGUGCUGCCGGUACGAAGUCGACUCGCCAGUACCCGCUGAAGAGGAUAUACAGCGAGGAGGAUAUCAGGACGGGUUGCAAUAAGAAGAGACAUAGUAAUGUCUCGUACGUGCCGGCGAACAGGAGCGAUGAACCGCCGAAUGUUUCCUACGUCGAUUGCAGAUCUUUUGUUACCGAUGGAUACCUGGAGAUCGCCACGGACUUCAAUCAGUACAACAAUAUGAGCUCUCAGUCGCCGAAUUCCACUUUGAAUGAUGCUAUUGUGGACUAUCAGCAAGUGGAUUCGAGUGUUCCACUGAUACCACCGAAUCCGGAUGAUGAUCAGUUCAUCCUUAAUGACUUGAAGGAUGAUCCGUUACUGAGUCCAAGUCUGGAUGCUAAUCCAGAUCUUAUAAUGAAAAUAUUCGAUGAUCUAAGGCACGUACCAAUUUUUGAAAACUCCUUCAACGAGACGAAAGUACAAUUAGCGGAUAAUAAUGCAAUCAAUAACGAGAUAAGGAGAAAACAUUUACAACUCAUGAAUACCAUGGCAUUACAAGAAUCACAACUAAAUGUUCUAGCAAGGGAUUUGAAAAAUCCAGCUUUGCAAGCGAAACGGGGAAGUUUAACGCCGUUGCAGGCGGAGCAUAAUAUGCAGAAACAGAUUCUCGAAACGCUGCAGCAAGAUCAUCAUAAUAUUCAAAUAAACAUAAAACACAAUAUCGGUGUAUAAAAGUUUUGAAGAGUAAAACACGAUCUUAACUAAGUAUUUCACGAAGAAGAUAAAUUAACAAGAUAACCAAGAGGUACAUGUUAACAUAAAUGGAAUUGUACAUUGAAUAUUUCGGUGAACUUCACUGUAACUCAUUCCUCUGCAAGUUAUCAAUGACGCAAUGGUAAUGUGGAAAAAUGUAACGGUUACUAGUUACAUUGACAAUCGACGACAGUGUAAUAAUGUCGAUAUCCUGUAUUAUUCCGUAACUGAACAAAGAAGAAAGAUAACAGUUAUGGUCAGAUUCAAUAUCUAAUUGAAGAAAGAAGAAAUGUCGUAAGUAGAAAAUCCACGAGAUAAUCAAUAUAAAUAUGCAGCCUGCAUUAUUGAACUGUUUUUGGAAGCCGGAUUGUAUGGACCCUGUUCUCGUCCACUUUGGCUCAAAUAUGAACUGUUUACCACACACAGCGUGUGCGAGUUCUAUUGUAAAUGGCGGCUACGUUUUACGUUUUUUGAAGGUCCAAUGUUACGCAACUUUCAAAUUUUAUGAUAACAAGUUUGUAGAUAGUGUGGACUCGAUUUUUAAACGACCGCGCUAUUCGUUCAGCCUUCUGGAUCGUUUUACACUUGGUCAUUGUUUGAAGGGGAAUGAAAAAAUAAAAACUGUUUCGACGUUAAAUAGAGCACGCAACGUGCACACAUAUAUCGGAUGGAUACAGCACCAGUUCUGUUUAAAUCCUAUCGUAGGAUACGAAGAAAUUGUGGAUUUGAAUCUUUCUAGCGAAAGCAAGAUGGCAGUACAAAAUUUGUAUUUCGAACAAAAGAGACAUGCUUUCAGGAAAAAUACGUAUUAUUAAAAAAUGGAUAUUAGAUACGUGACUGUACCUAAUUUUUAUUAUUGUUACAAAAAUGUGUAACAAUGAAAUAUUGACUGUAAAUUCUUUU